AAGGAUAUUAUAAUCUAAAUUGUUUACAGUGAAUUAUUAUAAUAUUUUAACUAAAUAAAAACAAUGUAAAGUAUACAUUGUUAUUUAGUAAAAUUUAUUAAUUAUUUCAAAAGUUAAGCGAGGCCACCUUUACCUCGACCUCGUCUGAAUAGCCACAACCUUGAGCAACAUGUACGGCGAAGAGGACGGCGCCUCGAACAAGAAAAAAGACAAAACCGACACGUCGCCAGACUGUACUAUCGUGAAAGUGGAGAAUUCUGAAUCACCUACGAAAGAAUCCGACGAUCCAAAACCGCGUAUCGUGUUAACUUUUCGCUCCGACAAAUCGGGUGCAAAAACUAGCAACAUGAAGAUAGUUUCCAAGGAAGAAAAACAUGAAGAAACGCCGAGACGUUCAAGUCGCACUCGAAAUGCCAAAUGUGAGUCUGACGAUGACAGUGAACUUGUCUCACCCAAAAAAGAAAAAGUUGUAUCUGAAAGUGAAGAGACGUCGGAUAGCUCGCGAACGAAACAUUCCACGCGGCGUCGCGGGAGAGAGUCCUCCGAUGUUAUUGCCAAUGCAAUCGCUCGAAAAGAGAAGUAUAAUGAAGCUGCAUCAACAUCUACCAGACCUACCCGUAGAAUCAAGCCAACAGCUAAGGUACUGGCUAAUGAAGAGUUACGUAUAGGACUAGAAUCGCAGAACAUUACUCGACUUGAUACAUCAGAUAAAACUGUGGAAGAGGGAGUCAGGACACGCAGGUCUGCACACAGGAAUGUUGAUCAAGUGGAAAAGAACAAAAGAAGAGUGGAGGAGAGCAUAGGAGAUGAGAGUGACAAUUCAGAAAUGAAACUCAAACAUCUGUGUGAAUUGGGACUCAAAUCUGUGGAGCAGAAAGUUGAUGAGGAAUCUGCCGAGGCUGACAACAGGGAAACAGAGGGCGAUAACGAGGAGUGCGAAGACGACGACACAGAGGUGAUAGUUAAACUAUUAGAGGCAGACGAGGAGAGCGGCAGUGCCAGCAGCGGAGAUUACUUCUUAUGUUCUGAGGGUGCUUCGCAGGUGGAGCGGCCGCGGCGCUCGAGGCGGCUCAACUCGAUGCCCGGCGGCAAUGAGAGCGACCGCUCCUCGCCAAUACAAGUGGAGGACGAACCUUCGAUGUCCACUAGGCGUUCAUCAAGAAGGGAUAGAAAAAGGGUUUAUUACUAUGAAGAAAUACCACAAAUGUCAGCACCAAAGAGGCAAAGGACCAAUUCGUCAAGUGUAGAGGAGGGACAGUGGGAACAUGAAGAAGAUAACAGUAAUUCAGCGGGUGCAGAAGAAGGUCCAGUAGCAGCCAGUCCUACGGGAGCAUUGGCUGUAUUUGCUGUGUGUCAGUGUGAGGAUACGACGAACAUCUAUGCCGCGCCGUCAGAACUCACAGAGCCAGUAUUCUGUCAAGCGAUCGAAAUUGUCGAUGGUAUGCGGGUGGGGUGCUCGCACAAGGCGCAGCGCGAGGAGGACGGCGGCCUCUCGAGCAUGCGCAGGGCGGGCCCGAGGGCGCCAUACUUGCUGCUGUGCAAGCUGCACGCGGCGCAGAUGGACAAGCACAUGUGCUGUCCCGCUUGCGGCUUGUUUUGUACGCAGGGCAUCUUCAACCAAUGCUCCAAGAACCACCUGUUCCACCUGGAAUGCGGGGUGCCGUACAGCGACGCGCGCCCGGCGGGCUGCCCGCACUGCGGCGUGCACGCGUCGCCAUGGCGACCGGUCAACAGGGCCUGCGCGAGGGUGCAGGUUAAUAUGACCUGCUCGAAUAAACGGGUCUACCUGCCGGACCAAAGGGAGCAAUGUACACCAGCAUACCUCAGCUUCUCAACCAUCGAAGAGUCAAAGCUGGAUAGCGGUCCCAUAAUUCCAGAGGACCUGAUGCCUCACCUGCCCGAUUUGGAGAGACUAUGUGAUUCUGUGAAAUUUGAUACUCAAGCAGCCUUCACGGUAUACAAGUUGUAUGAAGGAAUAAUAGCUGGGGAAACUGUUGAGCAGCUGAUGCCGAAGAUUGUGACGCGCGAUCUCCUUAACACGCCAAUAAGCGACAUAGAGGGCGGCACGUGUGUGCACGCGGCGGCGGUCAGCGGCCGACUGACCGCCCUCUGUCUUCUGCAGUACGCCGGCGCCAAUCUGGACGCGGCGGAUGCUGCGUCUCGCACUCCCCUUAUGAGAGCUGUUCUCGCCUUACUUGAAAAAGAGACGCCCGAAGAGAUGGCCGUGGAGAUUAAAGAAGAUGACAUAGACAUUAAAAAGGAAGAUGAAGAGGAUGUGGAGGUCAAAAGGGAAGCAGAAGGGGAGGAGAUUGAUGAUAAAGCAGCAAUAAAAGAGGAGCCAGAGAAGAGGGACGCUAAAGUGAAAGAGGAGGAUAUCUUGAGAGCUAUCAGAUACCUAAUCGCUGCUGGGUGCGAUGUUAAUGUGCAGGGUCCCGAAGGCAUGACCGCGCUGCACAUGGCCGCGCAGCACGGCGGCGGCGACGUUGCCGCGCUGCUGCUGCGCGGCGGUGCCGUGGCGGACGCGCGCGACGCGGGCGGCUGGACGCCGCUCGUGCGCGCCGCUGAGAACAGCCACGCGGAUGUUGCGAGGUUGCUCCUAAAGCACGGCGCAGACGCGAGCGCAACGGACAACGAAGGCAACGGCGUCAUCCACUGGUGUGUACUCGCCGGCGACGCGAGAUCGCUGCAGCUGCUGUUGGACGCCGCGUCACAUAUUGUGGACACGACCAACUCGCACUGCGAUACGCCACUACAUAUCGCAGCUCGGGAGGGACACUAUGCUUGUGUCGUGGUGCUAUUGGCGAGAGGAGCAAGGACGGACAUAGAGAACGCAUCGGGCGAGCUGGCGGCGCAGGUGAGCGCGGGCGAGUGCCGCGGCGCGAUCGUGCUCAACAUGCGCAUGGCGCUCGCGACCGCCGGCCCCUCCGCUAAGCGCCGGGUUCUCGUUCACGAUAUAUCAAACGGACGUGAACCGUACCCGGUGCCAGUGAUCAAUGAGGUGGACGACGAGCCGGCGCCCGCCGACUUCACGUACGUGUCUCAGCACGUGUACACCGAGCACGUGCACAUCGACCGCACCGUGCAGAGUCUGCAGGGGUGUACGUGCGCGGAGGCGAGCUGCGGCGCCGGGUGCGCGUGCGGCGUGCUCAGCGUGCGCGCGUGGUACAGCCCCGCCGGCGCGCUGCUGCCCGCCUUCCCGCACCACGACGCGCCCAUGCUGUUCGAGUGCGCGCACACGUGCGCCUGCGACCAGAAGCGCUGCACGAACCGCGUGGUGGGGCGGGUGGAGCGCAGCGGGUCGCUGGGCGCGCGCGUGCAGGUGUUCCGCACGGCCACGCGCGGGUGGGGGCUGCGCGCGCGCCACCGCGUGCCGCGCGGCGCGCUCGUGGCGCUGUACUGCGGCGAGCUGCUGCCGGCGCACACGGCGGACGCGCGCGCCAUGGACCACUACAUGUUCGCGCUCGACGUCAAGCCGGAUCUGCUCGAGCAAUGCAGCGACAAGACGCAGCUAUGCGUGGACGCGGCGCGGUACGGCAGCGCGGCGCGGUUCGUGAACCACAGCUGCCGGCCGAACACGGCGCCCGUGCGCGUGUUCACCGCCACGCGCGACCUGCGUCUGCCCGCCGUCGCGCUCUUCGCGCUGCGCGACCUGGCGCCCCUGCAGGAGAUCACGUUCGACUAUGGUGAUAAAUUCUGGGCAGUGAAAUCGAAGUGGAUGAAGUGUGAGUGUGGAAUGCCGGAAUGCAGAUAUCCUACAAUUAACACCGAAGAAUCGGAAUCAUAAAGAAUUGGAUCUAGCAUUUAUAUUCAAUAUUUGUAUAUUGUAUAUAAAUAAUAACAAAGCUUUAAUAAUUUUAAUCAAUUU